AUGAGUGAAAAAUAUCACCCUUAUAGUUCAUCUGAUAAAGAAAUAAAAAAAAGAUCCAAUAAAUAUAAUAGUUCUAUUUAUGAACACUUUUUUAAAUUUAUAGAUUCGAAUGAUAAGAAUUUAAUUAAAAUGAAGUGUAAAUACUGUCAAGUAUUUACUUUUAAAUACGAUAAGGUAGACAAAAAAUCAGUGUCUAGUGGUUUAGGAUGGGCACAUCUUGAGAAUGUGAGAUUAUCUUGCCACAAAGAAAGUGAAAUAGAUUGGUCGUAUGUCGCAGAACAAAAAAGGAAAAAAGCAGAAACACUUGCACUUGCUAUAUCAAAACCUUUUAGUCAAGGUGUAUCAGAGGAAUUAUUAAUAGAUUUAGUAAUCAAAAAAAAUCUUCCCUUCAACUUAACAGAGGAUGAGAGAUUUAAAAAUUUUAUUUCAUCGUUAAGAGCAGAGUUCAAUUUAGUUGGUGGAGAUACUAUUAAAAAUAGAAUAAUAAAAAGAUAUGAUGAUCAAGUUGUACAACUCAGAGAGUAUUUCAAGACUAUGGAUUCCAAAAUCAGUUUCUGUUUCGAUAUCUGGAGUGUCAAGGAUAUCUCUUUUUUGGGUGUAACUGGUCAUUGGAUCGAUAGUCAAUUUAAAGCUAGAAAGUGUUUGUUAGGAAUGGAGAGCCUAAAAAGCGAUAAAACAGAAAAGUUUGAUAUCUCCAAAAAGAUAAUGUGCACCACUUCUGACAACUGCUCGAACAACCACACUACAGUGGAGAACAUUGUCAAAAACCAAGAUCCUUCCAAUGAUUACAAAGGAUUCCAGGGUGGACAUAUUUUAUGUUUGAACCAUGUGAUUAAUUUAGGAGAUAAAUCAACGAAAUAUCUUUUCGAUAAAAUUCACUCCUAUGGUUCAAAUUUAAGAAACUCCAGUAACCAAACAGAUGCUUUUUUUGGAAUUUUUGAAAUUCUAAAAACUGAAAAGAAGGACAGGUUAAAGCCAAAAGUAUUGAACCCAAUCCGUUGGUCAUCAGCUUUUCAGAUGACUAGUAGAUUCAUCAGGAUCAAAGAGGCAGUUGAAUACGACAUUAAAUAUAAGAUUACGAAACAUGAUAUCCAUCUCACUACCGAUGAAUGGGAUAUCAUCAAACAAAUCAAUAAAUUCUUGGAUGGUGUGGAUUUUAUUACUUUGGCAUUACAAGGAGCUGAUGUUAAUCUGUCUUGCAGUUUACCUGUGUAUGGUCGGCUCUUGGACAUUGGAGAGGAAUGGAAAACCAAUAAGAUUCUCAAGACUGCUGCUGAAGCCUUUUGGAAAGAAAUAGAUGGUUACUAUACAACACUUGAUUAUGGAAUAGAACCAUUUUAUAUCUCAACUUUUCUUGCACCAUUCACCAAAUUAGAGGUAUUUAAAAGUGAAUUUUGGAAAGAUUAUUGGAAUAACAUAAACAAUUCAAUUGAAUCAAUUUAUACUAAAUAUGGAGGUACUAAGGGAAAUAAAACCAGUAUAGAAUCAGUCAAACCAGAGAUGGAUAGAAUGAAGUUUAUUUUAUCCACUCAAAAGAUAAUUAUUGUUGAACAAAAUGAGAAUGAAUUAUCAAAAUAUAAAAAUCUACCAACUACAUUCUCAAAUGACUCAUUGCAGUAUUGGAAAGAGAAUCAAAUUGAGUUCCCAGUUCUAUCUAGGAUUGCUAGAGACUAUCUCGCCAUUCAAUGCACAUCUACACCUGCAGAGAUUGAAUUCCGUUACAGCUCUGACAUGCUCACUAAAAAUAGGUGGUCUCUUGGGAAAACAGUUAUCAAAUCACAAAAAAAACAAUUUAUAUUAAGAAUGAAGAUUAUAAUAGAUUUGACAAAAGAAAACAAGUAUACAGAAGAAAUCAUUGAUCUCACAUAUGAAAUCAAUAACAACAGCAAUAACAACAACAUAAACAACAACAUCAUCCAUAUAAAUCAAUUCCAACUUAAUUUAAAGAGGAAUCUUAUGAUUUAUAUCACUGAUUUGGAAGAUUAUAUUUUCAACAAAAUAUUAGAAAAUAAAAAAAAUAAAUUUUCAACAUUAAUUAAAUAUUUUACUUUUUCGCGUCUCACCAGCAGAUUCGAAUGUAAUUUAUGUGAAUGUUUCACAAUUUCAUUAUCAAACAAAAAGGUUGGACAUUGUGCAACCUCUCAUAUUAAUGCAUGUUGCCAACAAUACCCAAAUAUAAACCUUUGA